GCGCCAUCGUCAGACCAGACGCUGAAUACAGACAACAACAGUGACAGACCGAGAGAGAAAGACCGCUUUUCUUUUUUUGCUUUCAGUUAUGGGUGUAGUCUGAGCGGUGGAAAUUGUAAUUGCACUGCAGCUUUACCUCGAAGUUUAAUCCUCAUGAAGGAGCUCCGUCCUGGCUGAGUUGGGAGAUGGGAGUACUUAACAUCGCAGACCAGCCUCCUCUGGUCCAGGCCAUCUUCAGUCGUAAUACUGAAGAAGUUCAACUGUUAUUGCACAGAAAGGAAGAUGUCAAUGCACUGGACCAUGAGCGCCGCACACCACUUCAUGCUGCUGCCUGUGUGGGUGAUGUCCAUAUUAUGGACCUCCUCAUUGAAUCAGGUGCCAGUGUAAAUGCUAAAGACAACGUUUGGUUGACCCCGUUGCACAGGGCAGCUGCUUCAAGGAAUGAAAGAGCAGUGGGUCUUCUGCUGAGGCGCGGAGCCGAGGCAAACACGCGAGACAAGUUCUGGCAGACGCCGCUGCAUGUGGCUGCUGCCAACCGUGCCACGCGCUGCGCAGAGUCUCUGCUGACCCAGCUGAGCAACCUGAACAUGGCAGAUCGCACCGGUCGGACUGCCCUGCACCAUGCGGCUCAGAGUGGUUUCCAAGAGAUGGUGAAGCUGCUGCUGAACAAAGGAGCCAACCUGAGUGCCAUUGAUAAGAAGGAGAGGCAACCUGUUCAUUGUGCUGCUUAUUUGGGACAUUUAGAGGUUGUGAAGAUGCUGGUAUCCCGUGGUGCUGACAAAGGCUGCAAGGAUAAGCUGGGUUAUACACCUCUCCAUGCUGCUGCUGCGAGUGGUCACAUCGAAAUUGUAAAGUACCUUCUGAGGAUGGGAGCAGAGAUCGAUGAGCCCAAUGGCUUCGGAAACACUGCGCUUCACGUGGCUUGCUACAUGGGACAGGAAGCUGUGGCGACUGAGCUGGUGAACCACGGCGCUAAUGUUAACCAGCCCAACAAGUGUGGCUUCACCCCUCUGCACCUGGCUGCCGUCUCCACCAAUGGUGCCCUGUGUUUGGAGUUGCUGGUCAACAAUGGGGCUGAUGUCAACCAGCAGAGCAAAGAAGGGAAGAGCCCCCUGCACAUGGCAGCCAUUCACGGACGCUUCACACGCUCUCAGAUCCUCAUCCAAAACGGUGGGGAAAUUGACUGUGUGGAUAAAUAUGGCAAUACCCCCCUCCACGUUGCUGCUAAGUACGGCCAUGAACUGCUGAUCAGCACUCUGAUGACCAACGGAGCAGACACAGCCAGACGUGGGAUCCAUGGAAUGUUCCCCUUGCACUUAGCUGUGCUGUACGGGUUUUCAGACUGUUGUCGCAAGUUACUCUCCUCAGGUCAGCUGUAUAGUAUAGUUUCAUCUAUGAGUAAAGAGCAUGUGCUAUCGGCUGGGUUUGACAUUAACACCCCUGACAACUUUGGGAGGACCUGUCUACACGCUGCUGCCUCUGGAGGAAAUGUUGAAUGUCUGAACUUGCUCUUAAGUAGCGGUACUGACUUGAACAAGAGAGACAUAAUGGGAAGGACACCGUUGCACUAUGCGGCUGCUAAUGGGAGGUACCAGUGCACCGUGGCUCUGGUGAAUGCUGGCGCCGAGGUAAACGAGCAAGACCAGACUGGCUGCACUCCCCUGCACUACUCUGCUGCAUCCCAAGCCUUCAGCAGAACUGAUCGCCAAUUUUCUGGGAACCAUCAAAAUACUGAGGAUGAGACGAAAGAGUCCUACUUUUGCUUGGAGCAUCUUCUAGACAAUGGUGCUGAUCCAUCUAUGGUCAACUCUAAAGGUUACAGUGCUGUUCACUAUGCAGCUUACCAUGGCAACAAGCAGAACCUGGAGCUGCUCUUGGAGAUGUCCUUUAAUGCACUUGGAGACAUAGAGAGCAGCAUUCCAGUCAGUCCUCUUCAUCUCGCUGCUGAUCGGGGCCACUGGCAGGCCCUGCGUGUGCUCACAGAGACGGCAGCCUAUGUGGACAUGCAGGAUGCUGCCGGCCGCUCUGUGCUCUACCUGGCGGCGCAGAAAGGCUACGCUCGCUGCGUGGAGGUGCUUUUAGCUCAGGGGGCCUCCUGUUUGCUCAACGACAACCAUCUCAUGUGGACUCCGAUUCAUGUUGCAGCUGCAAAUGGUCACUCGGACUGCCUGCGCAUGAUGAUUGACUAUGGGGAGGAGGGAGAUCUCAUCAAUGUCACGGACAAAUUUGGCCAAACCCCUUUAAUGCUCUCUGUUCUGGGAGGGCACACUGACUGUGUCCACUUCCUGCUGGAGAAAAGUGCUCUACCGGACGCUAAGGACAAGAGAGGACACACGGCUUUGCACAGAGGGGCAGUGUUGGGACAUGAUGACUGUGUAGCAGCUCUGCUGGAGUGCAAAGCUUCUCCGUUAUGUCGGGACGCCCAGGGUAGGACACCGCUGCACUAUGCUGCCUCCAGAGGCCACACAGAGAUACUGGCCAGUCUGGUACAGGUCACCAUGGCAACUGACCCACAGGACAAACUGCUGGACAACAAACAAUACACGCCGAUACACUGGGCUGCUUACAAAGGGCAUGAAGACUGUUUGGAGGUUUUACUUGAAUUUAAAACAUUUAUUCAUGAAGAGGGAGACUCGUUCACUCCCCUGCACUGUGCUCUGAUGAAUGGCCACAGCGGCGCUGCAGAGAGGCUGCUGGAAUCUGCCAGGGUCCACAUGAUUAACACCCGAGACGCCAAAGGAAGGACCCCGCUGCAUGCAGCUGCGUUCGCUGAGGAUGUGGCAGGACUUCAGCUGGUGCUUCGCCACGGCGCAGAGAUCAAUGCCGUGGAUACGAGUGGACGCUCUGCUCUGAUGGUUGCUGCUGACAGGGGACUCAGCGGCACUGUGGCCAUCCUCCUCCACCGAGCGAAGGCCGACCUGACACUGCUGGAUGAGAACAGGAACACUGCCCUGCACCUGGCCUGCAGCAAGGCCCAUGAGAUGUGCGCUCUGCUGAUUCUGGGAGAGAUCCACAAUCCCACUCUGAUAAAUGCCACCAACAGUGCACUGCAAAUGCCCCUCCAUCUUGCAGCUCGUAACGGCCUGGCUACGGUGGUGCAGGCACUGCUGAGUAGAGGAGCUACGGUGCUGGCUGUGGAUGAGGAAGGCCACACCCCGGCUCUGGCCUGUGCGCCCAACAAGGACGUGGCUGACUGCCUGGCUCUGAUCCUAUCUACCAUGAAGCCUUUCCCUCAGCGGGACCCUUCCUCCUGCUCCUCCUCCUCGCCCACCGUCUCCUCCUCUGCGGGUCUCAACUUGCUGAAGCACUGCGGCAUCACCGCCGCCUGCUCCUCUCUGCCCAGCAACGGCCUCCACAACGGCUUCGUCAAAGACCGCCACGGUGCACCGGUGGGCCUGGACGGGUGUCUGUCUGAGUGAACUCAGCCAGCUGCUGUCAACAUCACCACCACCAGGGGGCGACUACCUUAAACAUGGUCAAGAGGACCAGAAGAGCACCCACCCACAUGUCUGUUUUCUCUGUAUGUACGUGUUCGUGCGUCUGUGCGUGCGUGAGCGUUUGGUCUUCUCUUGAGGUGCAGUCAAACCUAUUAUGCAAUUAGAUCCCAUUCCUCCGUCUCCUGGUAGUGCUUAAUGCAAAGAAGCAGAUCACUCUACAAGGUCACCACGACGAGACAUUUACUACGAACUAGCAAUCUGGCCAUCUCUAAAUUAUUUUACCCUUUAAAGCCCUGCUGACGUCAUUAUACAGCCAACUUCUCAGAGCAUGGCGGUAUCUUCACCAACUGUCCUUUUUCUCCAUAUCAUUCAGUAGAGAAGUCAUAUCAUGUUUAACCAGAAAGGUGACCUUGUAGAGGGUCGUACAGCCUUCCCAAAAGAAUGAUCAAAGAGUUUUUGAGCCUUUUUUUUUAUUAUUAAAUUGUCUACUAGCCUAGAUUUUUAUGAAGGAACCACACAAGGGAAAGUCAAAGUUCUUGCGUAAGAGUGCAAUGCUUUUUGUACUACAGUACAAUCUGAAAUUUGGGGAAAAAGGGUCAUAAAGUUGUUAAAUCCUUAGCUUACUCUAAACGUAUGGCCUAGAAUUGUUUGGCAUUUUAAGAUGAUUUGGUAAAUGCUGCUGAAUUCAUUAGCAUGUCUCCUUCCAAAGGAGAGCCAUUCUGGGGUCGGGCUGAAACAUCCCUACGUACCGCGUGCCGACCCCACUUUUUGUUUUUGUUUUUAAAGAUGCUAAAUAAGUGUUUGUUAAGCUAGAAUGUUUCUAAGCAUAUAAGUUAUGACCAAAGUUGAUCAACACUACUAUGGCUAUAAAUUAUUUAUUUGAGAUGAACUGUACUGUAUAGAGAAAGACAAUAGAUCUCGAUAUACCUCGUCAACUCGUUUAGCAGCUGCUUCAUCUUCACCCAGGGUCCGUAGGCCUAACGUUCUCUUCUUCUUUUGUUUUUUUUUGUUUGUUUUCGUAGGACUUAGAGAACUGCUGUAGGAUAGUGACUGACUGAGGCCUUGUUUAUUUCUAGAUGAAGGCUUUACUAGUAAUAUCUGCCAACAACACCUCAUCGAAGCAUCUUAUAUCUGAGCACAUAAAUGAACAAGCCAUUUCAAUUUAUUUCCCAUCUCUUUAACAGUGUUUUCCAGAGAAUAUUUCACAAUUUGAAUGGCCUGAUUACUGAAAGAGAGCAAUCAGUCUUGUUUUUAGGCACUAAUAUUAUUUUCCUUUUGUUUUUUUUGGUGCGUGUGUCUUUAAAUUUUGAGCUGGCCGUUGAUGUUUAAGCUCUCGCUAACGGAGUAUUUUGUGGAGCUUGUGAAGUUGUCUUAAGAAUCUACAUCGCAGCUUCUUAGUGGUGAACUGAUCUGUUUAAACAAAUAUUGUCUCUUUUUCUUUUGAACUAUUAUAAUUAUUGGGCGGUUUCCAAGCAAUAUUUUCUUUUUUGCCUUUUUGUUGAGCGUUAAUAAAUAGACAAUCACUGUCACAAGGGCUUUUGUUUCCCUAGAAUGUGUUUUGAUUUCUUUUUCAUUUUUUUAAAUUUACCUGAAGACUAAACGAAUGGCUCUGUGCGUGCCAGGCAUUUUACUGUCAGUGUCAACUUAAAUGCACUGGAUUGCCUUUGUGGCAUCUCAAGAAAUGCCUUUUGACCCAUGCCUUCUACGACGCUUCAUUUCAGUUGGAUUGCUUGGUGGCAGAACGUAACGAGCCCUGACACUGAUUAUGUUGCCGCCCGUUUGAUGGCAGCGGCAUUUAACUACAGUUGCACCAUCGGAUCUAAUGGGAGUUUUAAGUAGAUAAAUAAAUAAAUGCUUGGCUUAUCUUUACGCUCCGGCAUUGUUAGUGGAGCAGGGAGGUCGUAUCCCUGCAAGAAACAAAUAGGGCUAAGAAGAGAAGAAGAAGAAGUAUCUCUGCUUAGGCCAAUCCCUGUUUAGAUUUCAGGAAUAGCAGAAAUCCAAAUAUGUGCUUUUAUUUGUGUUAAUUUAGUCGUCUCCUCAUCCCAUUUUCUGGUAUUAAGCAUACUAAAGAUGAUUGUAUCAGACCACUAGAGCUGUUGGUGACUCCUAGAUGUUUUAUCUAUGCUAUUUAGUUGUGUUGAGCCAUCUGACGGUGGUUAGCUUACACUGAGUCAGAUGAGUUUCCUUGGUGUGAUGACUUCAUAUCCUCUGGUGUUGAAGUGGCACAAUUGCACACGUUAGUUUGACUGGAUAAGAGAAGAGGACCUAGACUAGACUUUGUUGUUGAAUACACUUUACAAAGGAAAAAAUGCUUUCACAGCGGUGUAUUAAGCUUGAUUUUUGUUUCUCAAACUGACAAAUAUUCUUUUCAGAGCAGCAAUCUCAUUGAGUUAAGAGUUGUAGAUUACUACUGUAUUCGGCAUCUAUAACUGACUGAAACUGAACAAAUCUGUGAAGCCCAGCCUUUUGUUCUCCUUUUGGAAAGGCGGUGAUGUUAGUUGGGGCUUUUUCAUCAAAUUGGUUCCAGUGCUAAUCUGUUGUUGGUGCUUCCUUGGCGCCAGUUGUUUCUGUUUCCAGCUCUGGUAGCGAUUAACUGGUUCAUUCUUUGCUCCAACUGGGAUGAAAAAAACACUUUGAUCAGAAGCUGGAAGUGGGGAAAAGAGAGAUAAACGACCAAUGAUUUUACUAAUUUAAAACAAAAAUGGAAAGAAAAAAACACUUGACUUUCAUAUUAAAAGAUAAACUCACUCUCUCUCAUGUUUCCAUUAUUUAUAUUGAGAUCCCCAGCUUAGUUUUUGAACACCAACUUAUUUUCUAUCUUCAGAUACUGUUAAUAAAUGCUCCAAUCGCUGUGUUUAAGAGUUAAUCGCAUCGCUGCUCGUGGUAUUAAGAGUUAAUAGAUUAAUCUGGUGACAAUAGAGCAUCUUUUUGCACAAAUGGGGAAAAAAUUGUUUAGUUUUUGGAGUUAAAAGCACUGAUAUCAUCCUGGGAAAUUAGAAAUAAAAGUGAUAAAAGGUCAGACGCACACUAGAUUAAACCAACCUGUUUCUGGCUCCAGCUUUUUUGUCUUUUUUUUUUUUUGGAACCACUUUAGUGGAAAACGCCCCAGUAGUACUGCAGAUAGAUACAUACUUUCGCUAUUCUUCUCAGGAUUCCUGCUAACGCAGCAGGUCGAGUUUCUUAAUUCAAUCAGAUCUCUUAUAUCUAAAGUUUUUUCUGUUUUUUAAAAAAUAUAUAUAUCAUUUUUCUCCCCAAGAUGGGAUGUUCCAAAAUUAAAUUUUUUUAAAAUCUGUAAUCCUACAGCACUUAAUUACGUAGUCAAGCACGCACUUUAGUACAUUCAGGUUCUAAGUGUGCAAAGUAGAGCAGAUGUAAUGUAUGUACUUAUGUUUACAUGCAUGUGUUGCUGCUGAAUACAGGAAAUGUAAAUGAGAAACGGUGAAGAGGAAAAAAAAAAGAAGCAAAGGCUGCAACUAAAUUGUACUCCAUCAAUGCAUUAUUUAAAAAAAAAAUAAAACAUAUAAGAAUAUAUAUAUUGAAUACAAAAGUGGUGCUUUUAAGCACUUGGGGACAGAGUCUGCUCCCUGCUGACUUGUGUUAUCUCUUCCCAUCACCCAGCCUACUGUUAACAAUGCAGACUUUGGCCUAAGUCGUGUAAAGUCAGUUGAGAGAUUAAACCAACACCUCAGGCAGGCGGGCAGGUUUCACUAAACACUCUCCAUAUCCUCUCUGCCAUCUGUAGGUGCUGUCAGGCCAGCCUAGUUUUGGGCAGGGAUUUUUAUUUCAUUUCUCGUGAUGUCCUUAUCUGUGUCGUAAAUGGAGUCAGUCAUUGACUUGUGCAAUGACGCUUGAUGUAAUUUUUUUUCUUUUUUGUAUUACAGUAUUCUUAUACAUGCUUUUUAUUUUACUUUUUGUGUACCAGUGAUACCAGUGAUUGUGCAUGGAGCUAGGUCGCAGUUGUGACGUAGCUACUAUUAAACAAAUGGAGCAUAUUAUACAAUAUAUUUGGAGUCAGAGAUGGAAAGAAAGCAAUGAACGGUCCAAUUGUAGCAAUAGCGUGUGUGUGUAAAAGUGUGCAGCACAAAUAUUGCACUGCCAUCCAUUUUAGGCCAAUUCAGUAAAUCACAGCAUCAAUGCCAAUGGAAGAUUCAAAUGCGGGUUAGAUGUCAUAUUUUAUCACAAAUAAGGCCUGUUUGCCAAAAUGUGUUGAGAGGGAGGAGAGAGGAAAGCCUCUCUGUUAAGCAGCAAUGGAUUUAUGCAUAUGUUCAAGCAGUUUACAGUCUGACCAUCAAAUCUGAGCCAUGAAUUUACUGACUGAAAUGAAUGUAGGGUCAGUUCAGAGCACGACAGUUUUCUUUCUCCCGACUUUAAACUGUUGCUCUUCAUUUGUCUUGCGUAGAUAUGAAUAUACAGGUAGCAUGUAGAAAUAUAACUCUCUACUUAUUCUAAUGUAUGUGUAGUAGUCUUCCUGCUUUGAAGGUCUGGAUAUGUUUUUUUUGUUUUGUUUAGGUUCCCCCCCGCCCCUCUCUCCCGCCUUUUAGGCGUUUAUAGUUGUGUAGAAUGAAGCCUAAAACCAUAAAGGAUAAAAUUGUAGAUGAAUUUAACAUUAACGGUCAUCCAUUCCAUUGAGAUUGCCUUACAGUACAGUGAAACAAGACGGACAAAAAAACAAAAAGGUCUACAGUAGAUAUGAUGACACAUUCUCAUAAAUAGCCUAUAUUUGACAAAAUGCACCUAAGCUACACCCAUUUAGUGCCAUAGAAACCUUGAUUUGCCUUUAGACAUGAAUCAUAUUUACUCGGUCAGUAACAUAUUCAGACGUAGACAGGAUUCUUACAGUUUUGUGUUCGGAGCUGCAUGUCUCUAAGCCAGUUAUAUUACUCAAAAGAAAGCUAUAUAAACAUGUGCAUGAGAAAUUACUACUUAAAAUACAAGUAUUCUGUUGAGUUUUGGUGUAUUUUAUAAUUGGACAUUUUUUUCUCAAGUAUAUAGGUAGUCCCUUUAGUAUUGACAAAGCAAUCCAUUGUUUGUGUGUUUAACAAGGUGGUUUAUAUUGUGUGUUACAAAGGAGAAAAAAAAAAUCAUUUUUGAUGUCCAAAAAAAAAAAAAAAAAAGCAUACUAUAUAAAAUAUAGAAUUGAUUUGCCUCAAUGGAUGUCUUGGUUUUUACUUGAAGUAAAUGGCAAAUUUCAAUUCAACUCUGAUCCACUGUUGAGCCUUUUGCCUUAAAAGCUAUAACAGAAAAUAAAACCUGGCAGCACCCGAGACGCUACAUCUCCUGUAGUUAUGCUUCUUGCUUUGAUUGCUUUAAAAAAAAAAAUUUGGCUACUUUUAGGUCCCGCAGAUGCCACCCCGGGGGGUCGAGAAGCACACAGAUAAAUUGAGGUAGCACAUAGCUCAAGGUUGCCAUGGUACCAAGCUAGCUCUGAGAGUUUGGGAUUUCGCCAUAUUUUCCACUGUGAAUGAAUGAAUGACUUCAGAAUUCACUUGUAAACACAAUCAAACUAUGGCUUCUCUGUUAUCCAGAGCCAAGUGACACUGGGAAUUGACGUUGUGUACCUCAAAAAAAAAAAAAAAA